AUUGUCCUUUUCGGGGCUCCGUAGUUUUUCCUCUUUACCUGUUUAGUAGCUAAUGAUGGCUGAAGCUCCUCCAUGGCCCAGCCGGUUUUUCUGUCAUAGAUGCUCAGCAGAGAUCAGUCCUCGGCUUCCCGAGUAUACAUGUCCAAGAUGUGAGUCAGGGUUUAUUGAAGAACUGCUUGAAGAAAGAAGUGCUGACAAUGGCUCCAUGUCUACCAUCUCCAGCGGGCCCCAGAAUCAACAACCAUUUGAGAAUGCGGACCAGCACCUGUUUACAUUCCCUUCAGGCUAUGGCCAGUUUGCCCUGGGUGUCUUUGAUGAUAGCUUUGACUUUGGGGCUGGACUCACAACAGAGGAUAACAGGGAUGCUGAAAACCGUCGGGAAAGGGAAGCUGCAUCUCGGCAACGAUAUGGUGCCAGGCAACCAAGAAGUCGCCAUGGUUCAAGACGACAAGCAGGGAGACACGAGGGAGUUCCCACUUUAGAGGGAAUCAUUCAGCAGCUAGUAAAUGGAAUAAUUGCACCUACGGCAAUGCCAAACAUUGGUGUUGGACCCUGGGGUGUUCUUCACUCAAAUCCUAUGGACUAUGCCUGGGGUGCUAAUGGAUUAGAUGCUAUUAUAACACAGUUAUUAAAUCAGUUUGAGAAUACAGGACCACCACCUGCUGAUAGAGAUAAAAUAAAAAGUCUUCCUACAGUACAAAUUACAGAUGAGCAUGUUGCUUCAGGACUGGAAUGUCCAGUGUGUAAAGAAGAUUACAGUGUUGGUGAAAAUGUGAGGCAGCUCCCAUGCAAUCACAUGUUUCACAAUGAUUGCAUAGUCCCUUGGUUGGAACAGCAUGACACUUGUCCAGUGUGCAGGAAAAGCUUGAGUGGACAGAACACAGCAACAAACCCUCCAGAACUAUCAGGGAUGAAUUUUACCUCCUCCUCUUCCUCUUCCUCCUCCUCCUCCUCCUCAUCCUCCUCAACACCCCAGUCCUCAAGUUCAACCAGCAAUGAGAACUCCACAGAUAAUUCGUAGGAAGAACAUGUGUCACCCCAUGAGCUGUUUUUAGCUCUCAGGCUGCUGUACUUCAGACCAGUGACCUCCAUCCUCUCCCUGCCGAAGGGCCGAAACCUGAGUGCAUCUCCCCAGGAGCACUCACGCUGAUUCACGGAUAAGUGAUACAUGAGGCCCAUGUAUUUCUGCCCAUCCUGUUGCUCCCACCUUCAUCAGGAUUCUGAACAAAGGAAGGGCAGAGGCCUGGAGUGCACCUUCAGUCAGGGAGGAUGCAUAGAAGCAUGGAUACUUAAAGAGGCUUGAUCUGCCUGAAUCACCUCAUACAAGAAGAGAAAAAAAGAAUCCAAAGGUAGAAAACUAGAACAAGACAGUUGCUGUUCUUUUUUAUUUCUCAUUUUUCAAUCUCUUGAUUUGUUUGUUUUAUGAUGACCCACUUUUUUCAGUAAAGCAAGAGAAUAAUAAAGCUAUCCCUUUUUAAGGAGCAUUCAUAUCUCGCAUAUUAAAUGACCCAAAAUGCACUAUAGUGCACUGCUUAAGCAUGCACUUUGAACUUACAUUGAAACAAUAUUAUAUCUGACCCCUUUAGCUCUUUAAAAAAAAACUGACAAUAGUUUCUAUAAUUAUUUUAUUGUCAACCUGUACUUGCUAUUUUAAGAUUACCUGAAUCACACAGGUACCAUUGUUUGCACUUGAAAUGAUCUGUUAAAUUGCAGUAAAUUUUUUAUCAAUUGCCACAUACUUUAUGAUUUAUAUUUGCAACCAUAAAAGAUGUUUCCACAUAUGAUACACGUGAUACAUUUUGAAACAUUUCUGUGCAUUUUAAUUUAAACAUAAAUAUUUUCAAAAGUUGCCAGUUGAAUUCCUCUUGAUUUGCAGUAUGAUCAUGUACAGACAAAACUGUCUAACAGAUGAAAAUAAAGAUGUUUGGGUGCUAGCACUCAUUUCCUGUAAGUCAUUCUUAGGGUGUGGUUACAAUACUCUAAAGGCUUUCCAAUAAGUCUUACAACAACAGUGUUUUACGUGUAUUCAUUUUUUUAUACUCUGACUGUGGUGCUGUGGUUUAAAAACUAAAUGGUAGUGCAGUAAUCAUAAAAACUGGGUCAUUUUAAAAGAGGAGAGGUUAAAACAUACCCUCUUGAUACCCUUUUGUUCAAGUACCAAAUAAAAAAAAACUAAUGAUAUGGUGACCUUUUAAGUUGUUCUGGUUCCCAGUCUAAAUUAUUUGUUCCUGUCAUGACGCCUUCAAAGCUGUCCAGAACAGCCAAGCAUCAACCAAGGAACAAUGACCCCAUUAGUGAGCACUGCUGGACCUGUUUUCAAUGCAUAAUACGAUUUUGUGAUAAUUUUGUACUUUCAAAGUAAGGCCUGGUCCAAAGGCAUGCAGCUAGUAAACAGAUUCUAUAUUAAAUCCUUCACUGGUGUACUUGCCUGUCUAAUGUUAUCAAGAAGCCAAUAAAUUCUGUUUCCUUUAAUUGUUUAGCCAUAUGGGUGUAUUUCCUCUACAUUGUACUGCACAUCAGGGGUUUUAUGUUCAAAGAGGGCAUUGUUAUGGACAGAACACUGAUCUUACUGGAAGACAGAUGAAUACAUAUAGCUCAGAGUUUGCUCUCACAAGGGGAAAUUACAGAUUCAUAAUCUUUCUUUAAAAAAAAACAAACAAACGAUACAAAACAUUGUUGACCUUGUUGUUUUGCCUUCUAGCUGUGAAGCUGGAAUAUAUCAGGCUUAUUAAAUAUUUGGUUGCUGUAGAUUCAGUGGUUCUGGUGCCGGUUAAAAGUCUAGACUUAUGAUUUAAAAAAAAAUACAUAAUGUGAAUAUGUAUUGGCUUUAUUUUUCUAGAGCUGCAGGUUUUGCAAAUCUUUUAAUAACAG